CACUCGUUCUUGUCCGAACUUCCGGACGGGUGGUGGGUCUCAAAGUCCCCGCCAGCCCGGCAAAGAACAGCAUGUCAUGUGGCGUCAUUGGUUCUCUGCACUAGUGUAGCAACGAAGUCUCUUGCUUGCAACUUGCAACGGCAUUUUCGAGCAUUCGAUGACUCGGGCAGGCAAUCUUCCGUCCCCUCAUAUCUUGCCUUAUAAGUAGCUGAACGCCAUCCCUUGCCCAGGUCCAUCUCCUCGUCUGAGUCGAGGCUCCAGCUUGAGAAGAACUGCUCAAGAUUGUACGUAACAGCUCAGACUAAUAUCCCAAUAAGCAGUCUGUCUGUAAAGAUGUCGUCUCCCUCAGCCAAACCCAGGGUCAUUCUGGGGUUGAUGACCUUUGGACCUGAUGAGUCUGCUGGAGCACGUAUCACCGACCUGGGCGAGUACAACAAGGUGCUCGACCUGUUGCAAUCGCGUGGCUACAAUGAGGUGGACACGGCCCGGGUCUAUGUCGGAGGCAAGCAGGAGGCGUUCACCCGCGAUGCGCGGUGGAAGGAGCGCGGCUUGACUUUGGCUACUAAGAUUGUGUAUCCCAAUCAGCCCGGGGCGAAUACACGUGAGAAGGUGAUUGAGUCGAUGGAGACUAGUUUGAAGGAGUUGGGCGCCGAGAGAGUGGAUAUUGUUUAUCUUCACGCGCCGGACCGCGCCGUGCCCUUUGCCGAGACACUUGCGGCUAUUGACGAACUGCACAAGGCCGGCAAAUUUGUACGGUUUGGGCUCAGCAACUUUACAGCGUUUGAGGUGGCCGAGAUCGUCAUGACGUGCAAGUACAACGGUUGGGUGCACCCGACUGUCUACCAGGGCAUGUAUAACGCCAUCACGCGCAGCAUCGAGCCUGAGCUGAUUCCGGCGUGUCGGCGAUAUGGCCUCGACAUCGUCGUGUACAACCCGAUCGCAGGCGGGCUCUUCUCAGGCAAGAUCAAAUCAACCGACAUGGUCCCCGCGUCAGGAAGGUUCAGCGACGUGGCGGCGUCGGGCCGGCUGUACCGGGACCGGUACUUCCGCGAAUCCACUUUCCGGGCGCUGCAGGUGAUUGAGCAGGCGGUGCAGAAGGCCGGCUUGACCAUGAUUGAAACGGCGCUGCGCUGGGUGAUGCAUCACUCGGCGCUGAAGAUCAAGGACGGGAAUGACGGCGUGAUUAUUGGGGUUUCGAGCCUGGAGCAGCUCGAUCAGAACUUGACCCUUCUCGAGAAGGGUCCGCUGCCUGAGGAGCUUGUCAAGGCCCUGGACGAGGCGUGGGCUAUUAGCAAGGCUGAUACGGCGCCGUACUGGCAUAAGGAGCUUGCGUAUACGUAUGAUACUGAGGAGGCGCUGUUUAGGAAGGGGGCGAAAUGAGCUGCGGAUGAUGCUGUAGGAGACGGAAACUCAGAACUGAGGGCCGUAGAGUCAUUAGGACUUCAGACAGUUGCUCGACAGUUCCCUGGUUUACAAUCGUCUAGGAGUCGAACAUGUAAUCCAAGAUGCAGCAUUGACCCCCUGU